AUGCAGAAGCUCCUUCCCUGCUAUGGUUUUGAAACGAUUCUGAUUGAACUUUGUCAGCUGAGGUGUGAAAAAUGAUCGUAACGAAGCAGUAUCGUUGUAUACACUCUUCAAGCUGUGCUUGCACUAAAGGGCAUCUAAGUGAAGAUGUGAUUUUCCUAGUUUUUCAACAUCUCAAUUGGAACCCUAGGUUGAUAGCCAUUCUCUCUUGCACCUGCAAAUGGUUUGAUGACAUUGCAAAGCGGGUCCUAUGGAAAGAGUUCUGCCGGACACGAGCCCCCAAGAUGAUGCUCGAUUUGCAAUCUAGUGGGAGUCACAACGUGGAUGGGAACUGGAAGGCCCUUGGGAAGCUGCUCAUUUACUGCUCAGGAUGCACCAAGGGUGGACUGUUUAAUAGCAUUCAUAUCCCCGGCCACUUUGUUUACAGGACCCGGUUCUCUAGGACUUCAGGGAAAAGUUUUCUUCUACCCCAGUGCAGGAAUGAUGUUUUGUAUGUUUCUGACCCUUGUGAGCACCUCGAUCAAGGAGAGGAGGGCGAUGUGGGAUUCUUCCGGGGAGUUUUUAAGUCAUUUCCACUAUCAAGGGUUAGAAAGAUGCUGAUUGAUAGGGAGGCCAAGUUCCAUCCAACAGAGGUUUGCCCAUAUUGCAAGGCAAAGCUGUGGAGCAUGCUACAGGCAAAAAUGAUACCAAAGAGUGCAUGCAGCAGGUUGGGUGCUUAUGAGGAUUGCAUCGAGUAUUAUGUCUGCCUCAACGGGCAUAUGCUUGGGAUCUGCACUCUUCUGCCCCUUUCAGAUUCUGAGGAGGCAUCUGAGUUGGAGUGAUGGUACAACUUGGAUCCAGAUAUACUUGCAAUUUCUGUGGAUCUUAGGUGGCUGUAAGCGAGGGAAAACUGUGACAAAGUGGUCUGGCAGCUUCUCUCCAUAACAUGACACGGGAUCAUCAACUAUGCUCCAAGCUUUAUGUAUGCUGUUCCCAAUAUUCCAUUACAUACUUUUGAAAUCCAGGAUUCAGUUGUUGCUGCCGUUCUGUUUCCAAAAACUAGUACUAUACAGUGUCUCUGUGAAAUUGUGUAAAUUUUAUGCCUACAUGUGUAUUUGAAUGGCAGUAAUUAUCUUCAUGAAUUCAAAAGCAGUUGUUUAUGUCAAUUUGUCCUUUCUGAUCUUGAAGGUUUGAUUGUAUCCAGAUGUGUUUCUAUGAUGCAUAGAAUAUAUUUUUCCAUCAUGCAGUGAUUAACGAUUUGAGUUUCAGAA